UAUUGAACUCUGAGCACCUCCAGGGAAAAAACGACGACCAUACCACUUUUUUUCUAUAGUUUUGCAUCCAUGCAGCACUCUGGAACUUUGCAAAAUGCUUCUUUUUACCUGGGUCCGCAGGGGGAACCCUCUCUUCCACGGGCUGGCUUCAUCAUUCUGUCCAUCAUUAUGGCCAUUUUUACUGGUCCGGCCAUCAUCCUCAACGCUACAGUGAUUAUUGUGUCCCUCAUGUACAAGCAGCUGAGGCAGCCGCUCAACUAUGCUCUAAUGAACAUGGCUGUGGCUGAUCUGGGCACAGCCAUGACCGGAGGAGUGCUUUCUGUGGUCAACAACGCCCAAGGGUACUUUUCCCUGGGCAGAACAGGCUGUGUGAUGGAAGGUUUUGCUGUGUCCUUGUUUGGUAUCACAUCUCUGUGCACCGUUGCUCUGAUCGCAGUGGAGAGGAUGUUUGUGGUGUGUAAGCCACUGGGACAAAUUACCUUCCAAAAGAAGCAUGCAGUUGGAGGUGUUAUAUUAUCUUGGCUGUGGUCCCUGACAUGGAACCUGCCUCCAUUGUUUGGAUGGGGAAGGUAUGAGUUGGAGGGUGUUGGGACAUCCUGUGCGCCAGACUGGCACAACAGAGACCCUCAAAAUGUCUCCUACAUCAUGGUUUACUUUGCGGUGUGCUUUGCUGUUCCUUUUGCCAUCAUCCUGGUAUCCUACACCAAGCUAAUGUGGACGUUACACCGGGUAUCAAAGAUGGCUUGUGUGGAAGGUGGCGCAGUGGCUAAAGGGGAGAUGAAGGUGGCGUCCAUGGUGAUCCUGAUGGUCCUGACAUUUCUGAUCAGCUGGAUGCCGUAUGCCACCCUGGCCAUGCUAGUGGUGUACAACCCAGAUGUGAAGAUUCAUCCUCUGGUGGGCACAGUGCCUGUUUAUCUGGCCAAGAGCAGCACUGUGUACAAUCCCAUCAUCUAUAUCUACCUCAAUAAGCAGUUCCGUAAAUACGCUGUACCCUUCCUGAUGUGCGGGAAAGAGCCAUGGGAGGACGAUGAGGCAUCGGAGGCGACAACAACUGUGGAGAUAAACAAAGUGUCUCCUUCCUGAAAUGUGCAAAUGCAACAGCUACCCUGAAACAUGCUUGUAAAAAUUCAUUUUGCAGACGUCUUCUGUCACAUUACACAAACGUCAGUGAAGUUGUGCGUUUGAAUUAUU